AUGGGUUAUUGUGGCAAGCCAAGUGCUGCAUGUGAGCGCUGCCGGCAUCGCCGCAUGAAGUGCGAUUAUAAGACGCCUUCGUGCACUCAAUGUACUCGAGCCGAGGUCCGCUGUCCCGGAUAUCGAAGUUUGCUAGAUCUCAAGUUCAAGGAUCAGGGCAAGGAAGUCAUUCGCAAAUACCGACUUGCAGCGCAUAAGAAGCGGCCUAUCCCAACGACCAGCGUGGAACUUCAGCCAUCAAUUCCCUGUAGAGUACCUCCGAACUCGGACGAUUCUAGGGCCCUGUGCCGCGAUAAGACGACUUUAAUCAUUCCAAGGGCUAAUCCUGUAUACCCCGAGCAUGAAAUUGCGAGAAGCUAUCUCUAUGUUAAUUACAUAACUGGAGGUCCCCGUGGCGGCCACAUGUCAUACCUUUUGCCGCUGUUGGAGAGCUCACAAAAUUCGGCAGCCAAUGCAGCAGUAAGCGCCGUUGCAUUAGCAGCCUUGUCAAAUAUUCGACUAUCUCCCAAGACUAUGCGAAAGGCCCAGCAGGAGUAUACUGCAGCUCUAUCCAAGACCAACCUAGCCCUACAGGACCCAUUCAUGUGCAAGACAGAUGAUACACUGGCGGCGGUGGUUAUGCUUGGCACAUUUGAAAUUAUGACGUGUACUGAUGGCUCGUUCAUCGAUCGUUGGGUGAACCACAUGGAGGGCGCAACAAAGUUGAUUGAAGUUCGUGGAUCAGAGCAACUUUCUCGGAGGGAGGGGCUGGAGUUAUUCAAUCAGUUACGUGCUCAAGUGAGCAUCAGUCGGAUAUACCAGGAACGAUACAGCUCAUCAGUUUUUACUAAACUAGCCAAAGAUGCCCACCUCGAUCGGAAUCUCAAUUAUCAAGUGCUGGACCAGCUUUCCGUUGUGAUUAAUCGAUUGACGGACUUUUGCGCUGACAUGAAGAAUGGAUAUAUCGUCGAACCUACAGAGAUUAUCCGCACAGCGCUGAUAAUCGACGCUGAUUUGGUUUCACUUAUGAUCAGCGUGCCUCCUUCGUGGGGAUACGCUACGGUUGACGUUCCAGCGCUCGAUGGAAAGCCUCCCAUGCGGGCUUUUUGGAGUGAUACUUAUCACAUAUAUCAUAGUAUUUCCGCAAGUAGCAUCUGGAAUAACUAUCGCUCUGCUCGGAUCAUUAUUCAGGAGAUUAUUAUCGAUACCAUCAAGGAUCUGGAAGCUUUGACAAACAUUGGCUCACCGCAACGCAGCUACUUGGCAAACCAAGCCAGACAGACUGUUCUUCGGCUGGUGGAAGACAUCUGUGCUAGCGUACCAUACAUCUUGGGUAUGGAAAUAGAAGACUCCAGACACUUGAAAGUCUCUGAUCUCGGCGCAUCUAUUGCUCAUGGAGUAGAUAUGAGGGACAUUUUACCGUCCUUUCAAAUUACUGGGGCGGGCGGCCUCACCAUCAUGUGGCCUCUCUUGGUUGCUGCAAACUCGGGAGUCGCAUGUGACGAUCUUCGCAAAUGGGUCACAGCUUGUUUGGACAAGAUUGGCCAUUCGAUGGGCAUCAAUCAAGCGCUGGCCAUGUCCAAACUCAUACGAGAUGGGGUUGAGUCUCGGGCCUUCUUAUCGCCAGACUAUCGAUCCCAACCCUACAAACUAUAG